AUGUAUUGGGUUCCCGUAUACCUGAAAAAUACAUUUUGGGCUGGGAUGAGCACAACUCAGAGGAGUGAGAGCAUGAAUGCCUUUUUUGAUGGAUAUGUACAUUCAAGGACUACGUUGAAAGAAUUCGUUGAUCAAUUCAACAAUGCACUGAGGAAGAAAGUAGAGAAUGAGAUGGCAGCGGAUUUCCACUCAUUCAAUUGCACAGUCCCUUGUAUAUCUCAUUUACCCGUGGAGAAAAAAUUACAACCUGUGUACACGAAUUCUAAAUUUAAAGAAGUGGAGUCAGAAGUAAUGGGGAUUAUCUACUCUCAUUGUGUUGUCAUAAAAACAGAAGGGGCAAUUACCACGUAUCAAGUUAAUGACCAAAGGGUAGUUGAAGACGGCAUCAAGAAGUCAACUUUGCAGGCGUACUUCAAUGAAGAUGAGUGUGAGGCCAAGUGCAUGUGUGGACUAUUUGAGAUGAGAGGGAUUAUAUGUAGGCACAUUCUUUCAAUUUUUGCCGCAAGGGAUGUCCAAGUGUUUCCAGAAAAGUACAUUAUGGAGAGGUGGAGGAAGGACAUUAAACGUAGAUAUGGUCUCAUUCGAAGUAGUUACGAUGACUUGAGUGGUAAACCAGCUGCUAGUCGAUACUCUGGUUUGAUAAAAUUAUGUUACCAAGUAACUACAAAUGCAUGUGAAAACGAAGAUAAUUCUCUGGACAUGACACAGAAGUUGAAGGCAAUGAAUGACAUUUACACUAAAUCGAAGCCCCAGGCCACAGUUGCAAGCACUCAUGCUUCCAUUGAUGCCGAAACUGGAAGUUCGAAGAAAGUGUUGAGCCCUCGUGUUGUCAGAGGCAAGGGCAGGCCCCCAUCAAAGAGGAGACAACCUACAAUAGAGAAGUUACAAACCAAAAAUAAAAAAGCUAGUGGCAAGCGACAAAGAAAGAAUCCCCAAUCACGGAUGGAAGACGUAUUAAACCCCACAGAAUCGGUAAUAUUGCACGACACACCAGAAGCUGUUGUUUCGCAGUUGCCUGGUACACAACAAAGUGUUAUUUCUCAGGUGAACUUCGCAUGCCCUGGCUCUCUCGAUGAUUGA